UUGAGUUUGAAUUUUCAAUGUAUCUGGUGGAGAGCAAAGGAGGGGCCAUAGUGUGCAUGUUGGUGUCCCUUUUGUUCUUGGGGACAUGGCCUGCAGUGAUGACUCUGUUAGAAAGGAGAGGUCGUCUUCCUCAGCACACUUACCUUGACUAUACCCUCACCAAUCUCUUUGCUGCUGUUAUCAUUGCUUUCACCUUUGGUGAGAUUGGCAAUAACCACCCUGACUUCUUAUCUCAGCUUUCUCAGGAUAACUGGACUUCUGUUCUGUUUGCUAUGGCGGGUGGUGUGGUCCUCAGUGUUGGAAAUCUAUCCACACAAUAUGCUUGGGCUUUUGUUGGUUUAUCAGUUGUAGAAGUGAUCACAUCAAGCAUAACAGUUGUUAUAGGAACAACCUUGAAUUACUUUUUGGAUGACAAAAUCAAUAAAGCUGAGAUUCUUUUCCCAGGAGUUGGUUGCUUUUUGAUUGCAGUUUGUCUAGGUUCUGCUGUUCAUUCAUCUAAUACUGCUGAUAAUAAGGCCAAGCUCAAUGAUUUUUCAAGCAAUCACAAAAAUGCAACUCAGGGCACUAAUUUAUCCACUUCGAAAGAAACAAGUGAAGCUGAUUCAAAGGAUCUUGAAAAUGGAAGUGCUUCUGCAUACAAAGCCAAAGCAGGAACUGCACUUUUUCUUAUAGAACUUGAGAAAAGAAGAUCAAUCAAGGUGUUUGGGAAGAGCACUUUGAUUGGAUUGGCUAUAACUUUCUUUGCUGGAGUAUGCUUCUCUCUGUUCUCACCAGCAUUUAAUUUGGCAACAAAUGACCAGUGGCAUACUUUGAAGAAAGGGGUUCCACAUUUGAGUGUUUAUACAGCCUUCUUUUACUUUUCAAUAUCAUGUUUUGUUAUUGCCAUAAUUCUAAACAUCACCUUCCUUUAUCACCCUGUUUUGAACUUACCCAAGUCAUCACUGAAGGCUUAUUUGAGAGAUUGGGAUGGAAGAGGUUGGGCUUUCUUGGCUGGUCUCCUUUGUGGAUUUGGUAAUGGCCUCCAAUUCAUGGGAGGUCAAGCUGCAGGAUAUGCAGCAGCAGAUGCUGUUCAAGCACUUCCAUUAGUCAGCACCUUUUGGGGCGUGGUUUUGUUCGGGGAGUAUCGCAAAUCAUCAAGAAGAACAUAUAUUUUACUUGGGGGCAUGUUGCUUAUGUUCAUUGUGGCUGUUGCUGUUCUAAUGGCAUCAUCAGGGCAUAGAAAAUGAUCAUAAUACUGAAGGGAAUGAUUGUGUUGAAAUAACUGAUUCAGUGCUAAACUUGUAGCAUAAUUGUUAAGGAUUCAAAAUAUCUAAUGCAAAGAGAGAAGUAUUCUCAAAGUUGAAUGAUAUUUAAUCAGAGACUAAUGACACCAAACUGUUCAGAAAAAAGGUGUAUAGACCAUGAAAGCAGACUAGGAACACAGUUGAAAUCUUCUAACUGAUUUAUGUUUAGUGACAGUUUAGCUUAAUGUGAAUUUGAUUUAAUUGUCUUGACUAAAAUAAAUAUCCCUACGAUUUUUUU